AUGACUCCAGUCGCAUUUACACGUACUCUAUUUGCCCUGUUUGCUUCAUGUCUGAUCGCUCUGGUUCAGUCUCAUACACAUCUUGUUUGGAUUGUUGGGCUCAGGGAAGGUCAGACCAUCGAAAAACAUCUUGACUUGGUAGGCCGCUCGAUCCCCAUCAGAGAACACAGGCCAGAGAUCAAUGGAUACACCGCUUCCGUUUCAGAUGAUGAUAGCGACCUUCCCAAAGCCAUCCGUAGUGAUGAUCAAGUUGGCUUUGUGGUCAAAAUGCCAGAAGACUAUUUUCGCAAGACCGAGAAGUUUAUCCAAGAUGGUUGGAAUGAGGAUGACGAUGAUCUAUAUGAGCAUAUGACAAGACCCGAUCACCACUGGCAUAAUCUACAAGGCAACGAUCCCGAGAUACGAGUUAGUGACGAGGGCGGAAUCAAGGUGUAUCUGGAAUGGUACGUAAGACUUGAAGAUGGAUAUGAUUUCGACGAGCACGUGUAUCGCAUUAUGGAACGCGAUCCUCUACCCUUUCGAUUUAGUCGCAGUAGCUAUGUCAACAGCUAUAGCGUAAGCUUUGCCGACGAAGAGCAGGAAAAGAAGUUUUGUCCUCUGAUUCAAGCUGAUCCUCGUGUGGAAUCAUUUGGACCUGUUCGCGGCUAUGCAAUGAACGAUGAGAUUCACGAUGAACUAUAA